GCAACGUUGACGUGUAUUUGUUGGUAGUCUGAAAAAUUCACCGUUUCUUAUCGCCAGCUGUCAAAGCCGGUCCGGGUAUUAUUUCACCGCAAAUUAAACAGCUUCACCAACAUUUUGUGAUUUUUAAAGUUGGAAGACUCAGCGACAGUAUCUGACGAUGGCGGGGGAGAUUUCAAUGUUUGGUUCGGUGAUCCUGGCCCUGUUCCUGGCUGGAUACCUGGGCCAGCAGUACCUACCGCCCCCAAAGCCUAAAGUGAUCGGCCUGGACCUGGGCACCACAUUCUGCUCUGUCGCCGUCUUCCACCCGGGCAGCGGGGAGGUGGAGGUGGUCGCGGAUGAAGAGGGGAGGAAGAGCAUCCCCAGCGCAGUGUCGUUCACCGAGACUGGAGUGUUGGCCGGGCAUGAAGCCAUGGACCUGGCCGACAGCAACCCGCAAAACACCAUCUAUGAUGCCAAGAGGUUCAUCGGGAAGAUAUUUGAGCCGGAGCUUUUGGAGCAGGAGAGCACCCGGUACCCGUUUAAGGUGAUCAACAACAAUGGAAAUGCAGAGUUUCUGAUUUCCACCAACCACACCUUCACCGUGAGCCCAGAGUUCAUUGGUUCCCGGCUGCUGCUGAAGAUGAGAAAGAUGGCGGAGCAGCAGCUCGGUGUGCUGAUCCAGAAAGCUGUCAUCUCAGUGCCCGCUGAGUUUGACGAGAGGCAGAGGAACUACACUGUCAGAGCCGCUAACCUCGCUGGUUUGGAAAUCCUGCGUGUGAUUAAUGAGCCCACAGCGGCUGCCAUGGCCUACGGUCUGCACAAGGUAGACGUGUUCAAUGUGCUGGUGGUCGACCUCGGGGGAGGAACGCUGGACGUGUCUCUGCUCAACAAACAAGGGGGCAUGUUCCUCACCAGAGCCAUGGCAGGUAAUAACAAGCUGGGAGGUCAAGACUUCAGUCAAAGGUUGCUUCAGUACACAACAGAGCGAGUCCGACAGCAGUACGGCGUCCCACCCACGCUCAAAGAGGACAUCCACCGUCUGCGACAGGCUGUGGAGGCCGCCAAGCUCAACCUCACCCUGUACCCCAGCGUCACCGUACGGGUUCCCCUGCACCUUCACACACACGACACCUCGGACUCGUCCGCUCCGGUCAAGGUGAUGUUCCAGGCCGUGAUCACUCGCGAGCUGUUCGAGGAGCUUAAUGAGGACCUUUUCCAGAAGAUUCUGACCCCCGUGGAGACGGUUUUAUCCGAAGGUCACUUAGAGAAAGAAGAUGUGGACGAGAUAGUUCUGGUGGGAGGGUCGACCCGGAUACCACGGAUCAGACGGCUCAUCAGUGAGUUCUUUGGGAAGGAGCCCAACACGUCCGUGGACCCCGACUUGGCGGUGGUCACGGGUGUGGCCAUUCAGGCCGGCAUCAUGGGCGGCUCCUGGCCGUUACAAGUGAGCGCUAUAGAGAUCCCCAACAGACACCUACGCAAGACGAACUUGAACUGAACAUCAACAAGGUUUUUGUACGAUAAAGUGCUUCAAAGCCCACAGAUGAGACUCACUGCUCCAUGCUUCUCUAAUGCGCUUAAUUAAAUAUGUGCUCUAAUGCGGGCUUUGCACAGCAGAGGACUGAGUUGCUAAAAUGAUGAGGUGAAGAUAUUCAGGGUCUUUAACUUCCUCCUCCUUUGUAUCUGUGCCAGGCAAUAGUGGUUCAUGAAGAAAUUGGAGACGACAUAUUGAAUCAUGCUGACAUUCCAUCAAACAUAUUCCCAUCUGGUAACGUGUGAAGUCCUGGCAGAAGAACAGGAGAGGUUAUGUAAUGUGAAACAGAGGCCUCCUCUGUGACAUAACUGCUGUUUCAUUCAGUAACCACCUCCAGUCGGACACACUUCAGUAUCAUUCACAACAGGGAACAACCACUUUGUACGGAUUUAAAGACUGAUCAGCACAUUUCCAUCUAUUUAUUUAUUUAUUUCCAUGAACUGUAUGUCUGAGUGAAUUAGUGUGUGCGAGUGUGUGUGCCUUUUCAGAGCUGCUACGUUGUGCCAAGCAUGGAAGCAUUUCAGACGAGGCCCAGUGAAGUGGUCUCAUUUGUCAAAGGUUAUUGGUACAGAAGGUAGAGAAACAGGCCUCAUAAAGGAAGGGUUUUUUGUUGUGGUUAAGUAGAGACUUAUCCGUCAGAUGAAGGUGCCCGUUGGAGACAGCCUUAACACUGACCCUGUACUGUAACAGAAUCACAGGUACCUUUGGACAGAAUAAAGAGUGGAUCAUUUUCCACAGAGAAAGAGAAGGAGACACUUGUUGCACUUUGAGGACUUCCAUUUGUUGGCCAGCUUCAUGUCGUUGUGCUUUAGUUUUUUUUUGUUUAAGGUUUUUUUUUUUUGUUUUUUUUUUUUCAUUUAAUAUCAGAGUUGAAUGCAUCGGCCUGCUUCUGCUGCUGUGGAGGGGUAGGUCCACUCUGGUAUUCCCACGGCAAGACCAAAGCAUUUAUGUGCCUUGUGUGUUUGUUGUCGUCUCUAUUACUGAGAAACGUCGGAGUCGCAUUCACUAUGUUUGAUGCACCGGAUUUUGUGGAUUUCGGUGUCAGAAUGCCUGCAACUGGACAUGUUUAUGUAACGAUAAUGGAAAAAAAUAUCUGUUAAUGUAUCAAAAUAAAUUUAUCUGAAAAUGUAACACCUGUAAUACACAGACCAAGGUAAAUACAUUCUUUUAAGGAGAUUUUCUUGCCAAUGCCAUAUGAGUUUGUUUUCAAUGUAUUUUUCUUUGUAAUGUUGCUGUAACAGAGCCUUCAUGAAGUCAUUCUAAGCUACACGGUUUCCCUUUGAUACUGAAGAAAUCAUUUAACAGUAAAUGUCUUAGGUCUAUUUUUGUACUAAAUGUUACUCACUAUAAGUCCAGCAAUGUAAAAAAAACAACAACCUUUAACUGUUAUAUGCUUUUUCAGCGCAUUAAAAUACAAUUCUCAACUUUU